AUGAACGAUCUCAUGUCGUUGGGCAUCCAUCGCCUGUGGAAGGACUACUUUGUCCGCAGCCUCAACCCGGGCAGCCGAACCAGCGAAAAAGGCUGGAGUAUUCUUGAUGUGGCGGGAGGCACCGGUGAUAUUGCAUUCCGCAUGCUUGACCACGGCACCAACGUGAACUUGGACCUCAAAACAAAAGUCACCAUUGCAGACAUCAAUCCGGACAUGCUAGCUGAAGGCCAGAAAAGAGCCCAGGAAACGCCGUAUUGGAAUUCAGGCCGCCUGUCAUUUAUGGAGGGAAAUGCCGAAUCCAUGCCCUUUGUCGAGUCGAAUUCUAUUGAUCUUUAUACGGUCGCAUUCGGGAUCCGCAACUUUACCAACAAGGACGCUGCCAUUCGAGAAGCAUUUCGAGUCCUCAAACCAGGCGGCGUUUUUGCAUGCCUAGAGUUCAGCCACGUCAACAACUCGUUGUUCAACGCCGUUUACAAAAGAUGGAGUUUUGGGGCGAUACCUUUGAUAGGCCAAUUGGUCGCAGGUGAUCGAGACAGUUAUCAGUACCUUGUAGAAAGCAUCGAACGAUUCCCGACUCAAGAAGAGUUCAGGUCGAUGAUCGAGGGAGCCGGAUUUGUCACACCAGGGCAAGGCUACGAAGACCUGACGGGAGGUAUCGCCAGCAUUCAUCGAGGUGUGAAGCCUUUGUAA